AUGGCAACUACUGGGAACCUUUCUGAAGAGCAGGUGCACUGCUCCAUCUGUCUCGACGUGUUCACCAAUCCCGUAUCCAUCCCCUGUGGACACAACUUUUGCCAAAGCUGCAUACUGGGAUACUGGAAAACCAGUCCUUUGUACCAGUGUCCCAUGUGCAAGAAGUCCUUUUACAAAAGGCCCGAUAUUAGCGUUAACACUGUCUUGCGAGAAAUUGCAGAGCAGUUCAAGGAGAUUAGGGUUAAAAGUGUGAAAGGGAACGUGAGCAAAGAGGACGAGGAGGAGGGGAAAGUGGAGAAAGAAAAGAAGUGGACAAUGGAAAGACGGAAAAAGGAGGAUGAGGAGAGACUUUUGGAGAAAGGUCACAAGCAGCAGCUAGUGGAGGAGCUGAAGCAGAAGCAAGAAGAAGAGAAGAAAAAGAAAGAGGCAUCAAAGGAGAAACCAGGAGAUAAGAAGCCACAAGAGGAGUUACCACCGCUGAUCCCCCGAGUGUCACCGCCCAAAACUUCCCCUCGGACAUCACCUGAGAAUUCAGCUCAUCGUCCACCACCACCACUUCCCCAAACAUCAACCCCACCAUCACCUCAAACCCCUGCCUCUGCAGCACCUUCACCUACUUCUUCUUUGUUCCCACUGUCUUACUGGGAGGAGGUCCUGUGUGACGUUUGCUUAGGGGAAAGCAGGCCGAAAGCGGUCAAAUCCUGCCUUGUAUGUCUCACUUCCUACUGCGAGGAGCACCUGAAAUCUCACACCGCCAGGUUCACAAAGCACAAGCUGAUGGAGCCUGUUGCGAACAUGGAGGACAGGAUGUGUCCAAAGCAUCAAAGACUGUUGGAGCUGUUUUGUAAGAAGGAUCAGACCUGUGUGUGCGUACUCUGUACUGAGACAGACCACAGGGCCCACUACACUGUCCCUGUGGAGCGAGAAUGGACAGAGAAAAAGGCGCAGCUGAAGAGGACAGAAAUAGACGUCCAGCAUAUGAUUGAUCAGAGAGUGAAGAAGGUGGAGGAUAUCAAGCACUCUGUGGAGCUCAACAAAGCUGGCGCUCAGAGAGAGAUCGAGGACAGCAUGCAGGUCUUCUCAGAGCUGGUGCGCUCCGUCCAGAGGACUCAGGCCAACCUGGUUUUGGCCAUAGAGGAGAAGCAGAGGCAGACUGAGAGGUGGGCUGAGAACCUUAUCACUGAACUCGAGCAGGAAAUCGCUGAGUUAAAAAGGAGGAAUACAGACCUGGAAAACAUGGCUCGGACCGACCACAUUCACUUCUUGAGGAGUUUCCCAGCUCUUAACACUCCACCAUCUGUCAAAGACUGGUCUGAGACCAAUGUACCCAAUGACAUAUGCAUAGGCAUGAUAAGGAGGGCUGUGUACCAACUGGAGGCAACAUUGAAUGAAACAAUCGAAAAACUGGCUGACAGUGAGAUCAAAAAGGUUCUGAAAUAUUCAGUGGAUGUCACGCUGGACCCUGACACAGCCAACCCGUGGUUGCAGCUUUCCCAGGACAGACGUCAGGUGAGACACCUGGGGGCGUGGCAGGACCUCCCUGACCGACCUGAGCGCUUUGACACGGUGGUCAUCGUCUUGGGCCGUGAGCGCUUCACCUCAGGGAGACAUUUCUGGGAAGUCCAGGUGGGGGACAAGGACGACUGGUACCUGGGAAUAGCCAAGUCUUCUGUAAACAGGAAGGGCAAGAUCUCUGUAAGCACCACCAAUGGCUAUUGGGCUCUGGCCAUGAAGAAAGGCCAAGAGUACCGAGUGUCAACAUCACCGCCGUUACUGCUCACCCUCGACUCCAAGCCCAAGCGAGUGGGUGUGUACGUGGACUAUGAGGAGGGGCAAGUGUCGUUUUAUGACAUGAAGGCUCGGACUCAUAUUUACACGUUCAAAGAUACAUUCACAGAGAAGAUUUUGCCCUUUUUCUACCUGUACUGCUGCGACAAAGCCUCUGAUACCUUUGUGAUUGGUCCUGUGAAUGAGAAAAGCCCGAUCAAACCAAGCUAGUGACAGGUUUUAAGAUUUAAAAAACACAUAAAAAAAGCUGGAAAACCCUUGCAAUGCAAACAGACUGUAUUUUGAAAACCAGUGUUUUAUGUACAUUUAUAACAUGUAUAGCGUAGCUCAACAAAUAUAUUAAUUGCACAUUUUACGUAUUCAUAUUAGCUCACGGAGGUUCCACAAAGAGUUGAUUCUAAGAAUUUGGGCAGUUUGCUCGUUGGCAGA